AGUUUGAAAAUAAUUACAAAAGUAUGUCGUUAGUUACUCUGGAGCUUUUAAUGGGAGCAGACGGCUUAUUUAUAUUUAAAAUAUGCAUCUUAACAUAAUAUCUACUCCAAAGUUUGUUCCAAUAAGUCUCAAGGAAUUUAAACGACGUGCACAAGAAUCUGAUUUCUUGGAAGCCAUCCAAUUAGAGCAUUAUCAGAUCGUAGCACAGUCGCAUUUUGGGUCUUUUGAACAUUUUUCAAAACAAGAAAAUUGUAGCAAAAAUCGCUACGAUGACAUCCUUUGCUGGGACAAAACCCGUGUGAAGAUAACUCCCAAAAAAGAAGAUACCGACUACAUCCACGCCAACUAUGUGGACUCUUUUGAAAUUCCGAAGAAGUACAUCGCGACACAAGGGCCGCUUGAAGAAACUGUUGACCAGUUUUGGCAGCUAAUUUGGGAGCAAAAUUCUCGCAUUAUUGUGAUGCUGACGAAACUUCAAGAUGGUUGGAAAGAAAAUUGUGCUCCGUAUUGGCACCCUUAUGACGACAAAUAUCGAAUUUUUCAAGCUGGUGAGAUUUCGAUCAGAACUGUGAGUGAAACAAAUGGUUCGGGAUACGUCCAAACAACUUUUGAUGUUUCUAAUUGCAUCACCGGAGAAAGUAAACUGAUCAAGCAUUACAUGUACGAGGACUGGCCAGACAAUGGAGUACCUGCAACCUGGAAAUCGUUUAUGCGCCUGUAUUGUGAUAUAAAAGAGGAACGAGAGAGGCUUCUAGCGAAAAUUCAGGAUGGACCGGCGCUUGGACCUAUCAUCGUUCAUUGCAGUGCUGGAGUUGGGAGGACCGGGGUUUUCUGUGCUGUAGACUCGUGUCUCAAUCAAUUACUGACAACUAAGACAAUUUCAGUUCCUGAAACUGUACUGAAAAUUCGCCAACAACGCUAUCUAAGUGUUCUGGCUACGGAACAAUAUGCUUUUAUUUAUAGAAUACUAUACGAAUUUGUAAAAUUAUUUGAAACAUAUUUAUUGCAAGGAAUUUCAUGCGCGUAGGUUAAUUUACUGUUUAUAUGUUAGUUAAAGAAUUAAUUAGUUAUAAGUUGUAUUGUGUAGUAUUUAAGAAUUUUAUGUUUACAAACAGUUUAAAUAAAGCUUUAUAAGACUAAAAGCCUUGUCUACUUUCCA